CAUCUAUGGAUACUUUGGCGUCUUCAACGCCACAUAGACCUACAGGUGGAAUAAUUCGUUAACUUCAUGAGAGGAAAGUAAUCUUGGACACUUUUUUGGUCGUCAUCUACCCAGGUGGUGAUGUCUGAGGAAAUUAUGGGGGAAGAGUCGGGAAGUUCCCCUGUCUCUCCGGUGGACAGUCUCACUAACAGCGAGGGAGAGCUGGAUAGACAGCCGAAGAGGUGUGGGAGGAAAAGGAGAUCAAGCCGGAAAAACGGGGAGGAUUCAGAUAGCCCGACCCCUGGGAAAAGGGGGAAGAAAUCCAGCAGCAGCAGCCCCCAGUCUUUCGAGGAGCUUCAGACGCAGCGAGUCAUGGCCAACGUCCGGGAGCGACAGAGGACUCAGUCCCUCAACGAGGCUUUCGCAGCCCUGCGGAAAAUUAUCCCCACUUUGCCCUCAGAUAAACUCAGCAAAAUACAGACUCUAAAGCUUGCCGCCAGAUACAUCGAUUUCCUCUGCCAAGUGCUGCAGAGCGACGAGCUGGACUCCAAAAUGGCAAGUUGUAGUUAUGUGGCUCAUGAGAGGCUGAGCUACGCCUUCUCUGUAUGGAGGAUGGAGGGCGCUUGGUCCAUGUCAACAUCUCACUAGCAUCUGGAGAAAUCAUGCCCAAAAUGGUGACUGCUGAUUCUACUUAUCAAAUCUUGACGGGACAAAUCUGGAGUCCAAUGCUGGAUACACGGGAGCACACUAUUUAAACCAAAGAGGACAGAGGCCUUCGGGAUCCUGUGACAGGGCCCGAUGGGGACUUGCUCACAACACUCCAUUCUGAUAUGUUUUCUUGUUGUUGACGACGAAUGUU